AUGACUAACUGUGCAAGUCCUAUUAUUAUCUCGUUAAGUGGUGGUACGGAACCAGCGUUUAAUAGUCGUGGUGACCUUCUUCUUUUGACUAACUAUCGUACAGAAUCCAUUCGUGCAGGUGACAUUGUUGUAUUUCGAAUUGAAGGUGGCGAUAUUCCAAUUGUUCAUCGAGUGAUUAAAGUACAUGAAAAAAACGAUGGUUAUGUCAAAUUUUUGACCAAAGGUGAUGGCAAUCAAGUAGACGAUCGCGGUCUUUAUCUACCAGGACAACUUUGGCUUGAAAGUAAAGAUAUUAUCGAUAUAUUCCAUAUAUUGGGUGCAUAUACAUUUUAA